AAUUAUGAAAUAUCGAAACACAAUUGAAAAUAAUACUGAUAUGUGGUACAUAUUAGACCCAAAAUGUCAUUUGUGGCAUCAUUGUUAUUCGGAUUGGCAAUAUUUUUAAUUGUUGUCGGUUUAUGUCAAUGUAUAUCAUUUGUAUUCAAAAUUAGAGCGAUUCAAGAAGAAAUUCGAGCUGGUGCGAUUCGUGAACAAAGAAUGCGUGUUAUGACAAUACAAAAUGUCGCCUUCACGUGUGAUCCACUAAACGAUUAUCCGCGUCCAUUACGUCAAACGUAUCCUGAUCGUUAUGGAUCCCAGCCACCAAUGUAUGAUGAAGGUGUAUUCCCUUCAGAUUCCAUCGGUAUUUUAGAAAUUCCUCCACCAACUUACGAAGAAGCACUUCGAGCUGCAUUAGUACACAGCAAUAAUAACCGGAACGAAACUACGAGUCCAACUACAAUCAAUAUUAGUAAUGAUAAUAAUUCGACUUCUAGUAGCUAAUAAUAAGUUUAAGUUCUUUAAUGAAACUAUUAGCAAUAAGUUUCCAGUGAUAAUGAACUAGUUCCAAAUAAUUAUUUCUUGGUUUAUUGACUGAAUUAUCCAGCAAAGGGCUAUCUGAGCAAUUGCUUCAAAAAGGAAGGAAGUUACCAAAUAACUUGCAGCACUCAGCUAUAAUUGCAGUUGGGGGUAGCAAGCUAGUUUGGAAUAUCCGAAAUUUUUGUCCUUUUCUCGACUUUUCGAGAUUUUCUUCGAUACCUUUUGACGACUAAGCGAGAAGUUUCUGAGAUAUCGACCGUAUACGAAGAUUAAUGUUCCGGAGUAAUUCGUUCCGUCGACACCUUUGAAACUUGCCGUUCCAUCAUAAAAUUAACUACAUUUUCAUAUGCCUAUUGGUUAUUUAUGAGAAUUAAAAACCAUUAGAACGUACAAAACUAGCUCAUUUUGUGCACGAUUAUAGGUGAUAUUUCGAAAAUAAUUUAUCGAAUUGUUAGGAGAAUCCGAUUUCUGAAUUUUUGACUCAAAUUUCCCUAUAUUUCAAGUUUUAUUAUUUUCC